AUGUUGCAAACAGAGAGGAUGCCCGACCUGGUGGAAGUGAUGAGAAUGGGCAAGGACCAUCGUCUCAAGCACAGGCAGUUGCCUCUUCAAGUUGACGAGAACUUGACUUUGGUAAUGGAUCUUAGCAACGAAGAUUUGAUACAAGAAGUAAAACAAGUACCGCCAUUAAAACUUCAAUCUUUAGAUAGUUUUGUGAAAAAGUAUCGCAUGCUAAGCAAACGCGAACUGCAAGAUGUAUUAAAAGUGUCCAUUAAAGAAAUAUUGGAUAUAAUGAGUGAAAGUAUCGACUGUGUUGGGUGUCGUAGGAGUGCUGAAAAAUUAUUUGGUGAAAUGGCCAAACUUGGUCAAAAUGCAUUGUUUCCUCUUGUUGUAGUUAAUAACAACUUUAUUUCUAUACGAUAUGAAUUUUAUGAUGAAGAAAGAUGCAUGUUUAAUUUACUUCAGAAUACCAAUGGGAAUCGCUUAUCAUCAAUUGCAUCUAGUCGAAGGCAAUCAAAAAAAAGUAAAAGAUGUGUUUACCAUUCCCUCGAGUCACAGAGACUUGUCAGACCAAUGGCAAGCGGGUGGCAAGAUAUAUGGAGACAUAUGACUGAACCAUGCAGAGAUGAAAUAGUGCUUAUUGAAGCAAGUAGCUUAUUAAGCACACUGGAUAACUAUCUCAGAAAACAUAGAUUUUGUGGCGACUGCCGUACAAAAGUGAUGAAAGCAUAUGCACUGCUUAUUGAAGAAGAAGAUCCGUCCAAAGAAAAAGGUUAUAUUGAAGAACUUUAUGCUGGUAUUAAAAGAUGUGUAGGGGACAAACAUGUCCAUUUGGAUACUGAUAUUAAUUAUAUUGGUGCAUUGAUCAGCCGUGCUGAACCAGAAUUAAUGGGAAAUCGUAGGGAACGACAUGCUAAAACUAUCGAGAUUGCUCAAGAAGAGGUUUUAACAUGCCUGGGUAUUUGUGUAUAUGAACGAUUACACAGAAUACAAUUGAGGAUUAGAGAAGAACAAUAUACUUGCCAAGUUCUCGCAGCAGCAGCCAUUGAUGGCCUUGCCAGAAGAUUUGAAACUGCCAUUGAAGUAAAACAAGGAUUUACCAAAUUAGAUCAGUUUUACAAUGAAUUUUCAAAAAAAGAGAAAAAGACACAAAAAAGAAAACGGCUCAGGAAACAAAAAAGAUCACAAAAAAAAGAAACCCUACCAUCGUUGAUAAUCUGUUGUGAUGCUGAUGAUUGUUCAUGUGUUGAUGUCGACGAAGAAGAAAUUGAUUUUGGUGAAGAUGAUAUUGAUUUUGUGGAUGAUGUUGAUGACGAAGACGAUGAUUAUGAUGGAGUACAAUCUGAUGAAAGAGAAGAUUCUGAUGAAAAUUGUAAUCAUGUUGAUACUCAAUGUACAUGUGAAAACAUACAGUUGAUUGAACGAGUGAGAAAACAGCUUAAACUAUCUGGUGACCGAAAGAAAAGUGUUUCAACUCCAAUCAAACCCUGCAGCUGUGUUGAAUGUAAUUCUAAAGGCACAAGAAAAUCAAAAAAGAAAAAAGGUAGCGGAGAGAAAGAAAAACGCAAUAAAAAAAAACAGACAAAAAACAGCAAAAAAAACACAAAAAAAAUUAAGAAGUCCCCAGUUCAAUUACAAAGUCAAGUACAAGAAAUAAAUGUUUAUGAUUUGAUUGAAGAUGAAGAGGAUGAUGAUAUUGAAAUUGAAGAUAUGACCGACCGUCAUUCUGCUGAUGAGCAUCAAUCAGAAGGUGGCGACUGUAAGUCUAGUGUAAUCAAUCAUGAUCUACCUGGUAGUUGUAGUUCAUGUCCAUCGUUAUGCGACCAUUCACAAGAUUAUGGUUAUGCAUCAGCUGAAAAUAACAACCACAGUAAUAGUACUAGCUCACCUGAUGGUUCAGAUGUGGCAUGCUCUGAAGGAUUUUGUAACCACUCAGGAGAUGUACCAUCAUUAAAAAUUAAGUGUUAUUCUAAUAUGGGGACAUUAUCCUGUAAGUCAUUGCCACUUCAACAGUUGUUAAUAGAAGAACUGGAGAAGAAUGCUAUUGUCGUAGAUGAUACCAUAAUACCGUCAGAGGAGGUGGAGAUGUACAAAGUCUGUGCAAUGUUAGUGAAUGAGAAACGUCUAAAACUUAGGGAGACACUAAAGAGUGGUUUUGCUAAUUUAAAAGACCCUCAGGCCUUAUGA